UAUCGCACAGGGAUGCUGCUGUAGAGUCAUCGACAACGUAAGUAUGGCACCUGCAGUCGAUAUUAAAGCGCCCUUGCCAGCUGUAUAUUCUCGAAGUACAGCCCCCAACCCCACCAGAAAGUACACCCGCUCGAUACGGCCACUCAUCAUAUUCCUCAUCCUUGUGCAUCUAUCCGCCGUCUUAUAUACACUUCCGCUUAACCGUGUAGUUGAGCUGAGGCUUUGCCGAGAGCACUAUGAGCUGGUUGAUCCUUCCACCAUCGGAGUUGAUGGCUCAAUACCGGAGAAGCUGUGCAAGAUCGAUGAAGUGCAGCGUCGACUGGCAUGGCUUCAGGGAAUCAUGGAAACCACAUUGGUCGUUUGUGACUUCCUGGUCACCAUACCGCUCGGUUUUGUCGCCGAGAAGUACGGCGUGCGCGUGGUUCUGUGGUGCAACAUCAUCCCGAGGAUGUCUAUGAGUGUGUGGGCUAUAGUCGUGGGCAACUUUACCCAAGCUUUGCCCACCAAGGCCAUCAUUGUUGGACCGUUCCUCAACGUAUUUGGCGGCGAAUGUGCCUUACAGUCCACCAUAUUUGCAUUGACGUCAGCUUUAGCCGCUGAGUAUGUUCAACGGGCCACUUACUUUUCGUAUAUCAGCUCGACAUCUUACGUUGUAUCGUUCAUAGGCCCAACCUUAGCCUCGACUGCAAUGAGCUGGAAUAUUUGGCUGCCUUUCUGCGUCAACGUAGGUCUCCUGGCAUGUGCAAUACCAACCAUCAUGCUUUUACCAAAGAUGCACAAGCCGACCCUGGUUAGCUCUGAAGCGGCUAUCUUCGAACGCUCUCUCAAUGACAACAUCGAGGAAGCCGGGCCGCUGCUGGGUGACAGCGAGAGCAGCCUGAGCCGCUACGCAAAUGCCUUCGAGAAGCCAAGGGGCUUUGUUCAAGAGACCUUGCAGGCCGUUCGGAAGCUUGUGAGCUUGAUUCGAGGACGACGCAACUUUCAGACUCUCCUGUACUCCUUCUUUCUCACCGCGCUAGCCAGCUCGGAUACAAAACUUCUAGUGCAGUACAUCUCGAAAAGAUACGAUUGGACAUUCGCUCAGGCCGGCUUCAUGCUCUCAGCAAAGGCCAUCGUCAACUUCACGCUACUGGCGAUAAUUGUCCCUCGCAUCAUCCGUAAGUCCAUGUCAGCAACAAGUAUUCACGGGACUGAGAUACGACUUAACUUCCUUGGAGCUGAAGCCAGCAUCCUGGUAUCAGUCAUUGGUGUAUUGUGUGUAGCGCUGGCGUUCGAAUUUUGGAUGUUAUUGGUAGCGCUGGUGAUCUAUGCCCUCGGUUCAGCUCUGCCAGUGUUCACGAUGUCGCUGGUCAAGUCUCAGCUCAUUGCGCUUGACGAUUCGGAUACGCAAGACUUUAGUAUUGUCAUGCUCACCAAGACUCUCGGUUCGCUGGUUGGAGCUCCACUCAUGGCAUCGCUGUGGAUCAAGGCCAUCAAGCUUGGAGGCGUGGGGCUAGGCCUGCCGUACCUCGUUUCUGCUACCGUUUACAUUGCGGCUGCUUUAGUCGUGGCUCGCCUCCAGAUUUAAGACGUGCG